ACGUGGCUUCUAUGUGCUGAUUGUUAUUAUUUUUUGGGGGUUUGUCGCUCUAGAUAUACUGUCAUUGUUGUGCGUCUGCAUUUCUUUAAAGGCGACGCGACAUUGCACGGAGUAGAUGGAUGGAAAAAAGAGAAGAAACCGAACAACAAGAGAGAAAAAAAAAAAUCAGUUCAGUUGUCGAGAAUUAACAUUUGAUAUGGCACACAGCUUCACUCAGGAAUAUCUGCAGAUUCCCCCGGUCACUAGGGCUUACACAACGGCCUGCGUGCUGACCACUGCAGCCGUGCAGUUGGAAUUCAUCACUCCAUUUCAGCUGUACUUCAACCCUGACCUCAUUGUAAAGCGAUACCAGUUAUGGCGGCUGAUUACGAAUUUUCUCUUUUUUGGUCCUCUUGGGUUCAGCUUCCUCUUCAACAUGAUUUUUCUAUAUCGUUAUUGCCGCAUGCUUGAAGAAGGCUCCUUCAGGGGCAGGACUGCUGACUUUGUGUUCAUGUUCCUCUUUGGGGGAAUCCUUAUGACACUUUUUGGCCUCUUUGCCAGUCUGUUUUUCCUGGGUCAGGCCUUCACUAUAAUGCUGGUAUACAUUUGGAGUCGUAGGAACCCUUAUGUUCGCAUGAAUUUUUUUGGGCUGCUUAACUUCCAGGCACCCUUUCUACCUUGGGUUCUAAUGGGAUUUUCCUUGUUGCUGGGCAACUCCAUUGUCAUUGAUCUCCUUGGAAUUGGAGUUGGCCACGUUUACUACUUUUUGGAAGAUGUAUUUCCCAACCAGCCUGGAGGGAGGAAGUUAUUGGUGACACCUAGCCUUCUGAAAUUUAUAUUUGAUGUCCCUGAAGAGGACCCCAAUUAUAACCCAUUAGCUGAGGACCAGCCAGGUGAUGUCUCAUGGAGAACAGAAGAAAUGCAAAGGCCAGGCAAUGCUGGGACAGAAGAACAACCUGAAGAUGCACAAGAUCAUGAUGCCCAAGAACGAUAAUAGGAACAACUGUCUAACUUAUUUGUGCCAGAACAAGAUGCAGCAGGUGUCUGUAGAUAAGUUGGGUUGUCACUGCACUGUUAAAAGCAGUGAAAGCUGCAGAUGUUUUGCUGAAGUAAGUCAUCACGCUGUCUUUGAGGUAACGGAGUGAAAAGCAACCAGGCAAAAAACAAAAAAAAAACAAAAAAAAAAAAACUGCUGUAUGACGGAUGUGCUAUGCUUGAAGUGGAUUGCAUUUGUAGUAGGAGGCCAGUUUAAAGUACUGUGGUGACAUUCACCAAGGACAUGACUGAAGAAAGAAGAAAAAAAAAAAAAAAAACUAUAGUAAAAUGCAUCAAGGACAGAACUCUUUCACGCGCUCAACAUUGAGCAUUCAUUUUUUUAAAUACACUUGAGAAUCUGCAGGCUUUUUUUUUUUUAAAUAAUUUAUAAAACAAAACCAAAUCAAUGCUAUUAAAAUUGCUAUUUAUGGACAUGCA